GAAGUCAGAUUCCCCUACUUUCGUCGUCCUCGGCUUCUCCUUCAAUUCUACUCUUGUCAACCAUAGCAGCUAUCAUUCCACCACCUACUCGCACGAUCUACGCAUCUACUAAAGCUGCAUCAUUGGCCUUGUACCAAGCACUAGCCAUCGAACAUCCAUCAAUCACAUUUUCAUUUUGUUUACCAGCCACUAUCGAGGGCGAUUUCCGAGCGUCUGCCGUUGAUAGCACCGAAGUUCACGAGGCGGAUCCCAACAAGCACGGCAUCAAACGGGAAGUGGUGGCCUUGAGGUGCAUCAAGGCUAUAGAUCAUGGAGAUAGGACAAUUUGGAUGCCAUGGACAAUGAGAAAUGGAGGGCGAGGGUCAAAUAUAACUUUUGAGUAUGUCAUCGCUCUUCUGCCGAGAUCGUACGCAGCAACUGCUGACCAAUGGCGUUCACGAUCGAUUUAUCAGCUUGUGACGGACAGAUUCGCUCUUGCCAAUGACUCCAGUUCUAACAGUAAUGUUACAUGUGAUACUUCUUUGCGCCAAUAUUGUGGCGGAACGUGGCAGGGUAUCAUCGAUCAUCUAGACUAUAUCCAGGAUAUGGGUUUCGACGCUGUAUGGAUAUCUCCCGUCGUGGCAAAUAUCGAGAACACGACGGCAUAUGGGCAAGCAUACCACGGGUAUUGGACCCAAGACAUGACGUCUCUGAACCCACAUUUUGGAACUGCCGAAGAUCUCAAGAACCUCAGCGCCGCUCUCCACGCUAGGGAUAUGUACCUCAUGCUCGAUGUUGUCGUCAACGACAUGGUAUCGCCCAACGGUCUAAAUCUUACUUCCCUCGUGCCCUUCUCAGCCCCAGAUCAAUUCCACCAGCUAUGCUAUAUCACAGACGACAAUAAUCAAACGGAGGUCCAGCAAUGCUGGCCCGGAGACUCGACACUUCCUCGGGCGGAUAUCAACACGGACAAUCCCAGCGUGGUGACAGCGCUGGAGACGUGGAUUAGUGGUGUUGUACAGGAGUAUGGCGUGGACGGGAUAAGACUCGAUUCUGCCAAGCACAUCCAUUCCAGCUUUUGGGCGUGGUUUACCGAAAAUGCGGGGGUGUUCUCACUUGGGGAGGUCCUGAGUAAUGAUACCUCAUAUGUGGCUCCUUACACACAGGUCAUGGACGCUGUACUGGAAUAUCCUUCCUAUUAUCCCUUGGUAUCCGCAUUCUCCUCGCCACAGGGAAACCUUUCUGCGUUGGUAGAUACGAUUGAGUCGGCACAAAAUAUCUACAAGAGUAGCACGUUCAUGACAGGGACGUUCCUCGAGAACCAUGAUCAGCCGAGAUUUACAUCGCUAACGAACGACACGGCGUUGAUUACGAACGCUAUCACUUGGCCCUUCAUCACUGAUGGCAUUCCCGUUCUCUACUAUGGGCAAGAACAGGGAUAUCAAGGGGGUUCAGACCCCAACAAUCGUGAAGCGCUCUGGUUGUCCAACUUUGAUACAAAUGGGCCUUACGUGUCACAUAUGAAGACACUCAACGCUGCUAGGAAGGCAGCGAUUGCACCUCAGACGUCCUACUUCCUGACAAAUCCUAUGACAUUUAUGAACCAGAGCAAUAGUUCAAUGCUCGCUGUCUCAAAGCCGCCUAUGAUUGCUCUUCUGACUAACGUUGGGAGUAACGCAACCGAAGAUGUGGCCUGGACUGUACAUUCUGCGUUCGACGUCUUGACCUGCAAUACGAUUCAGGCAGACAGCAAGGGGGGGAUGACUGUCAAGGCUCUGAAGGGGAUGCCUCAGGUGUUGAUGCCUAUGAAUCUCUUGGGCAAGUCACGCAGUCUCUGUCCGAAUUUUCAAUUUAGUGACAAGGCCACUGGAGCUGGACACUCUUUGUCACCGCGACAAGCAACUCUUGUUGUCAUCGCUCUGGUCGGUAUAACGCUCGCAUUUGUUUGA